AUUCGUCAAUAUGAAAUUUCUGUGUCUUCCCGGAGCGUAUGGAAGCGCCAAGAACUUUCAAGUUCAACUGGGUCCUUUCGUCACAGCAUCAGAGGAGAGAGGAAAUACGAAAUUCACCUGGACUCAGGGAACUCGCAAGGUCGAGCCUCCUCCUGGAUUUGAAGACUACUUUGGUGCUGGGCCGCUGUGGCGAUUCGUCGACUAUGACGGGAGCAGUACUUUCGACAUGCUGGAUGAGAUUCGAGAUUUUCCUGAGGGCUCCAACGCCGAGGAGAGGAUGCGGCUCCUGAUGGGCGAUGAGCCAGCUUACGCGACGUCCAGCGUUCAGGAGGCAAUCCGCAGGCUGCUCGACAUGAUCGAUGCCGAUCCUGAGAUCGAGGGCAUUCUGGGCUACUCCGAGGGCGCAACGACAGCUGCUACCCUCCUUCUGGAGGAGCGCAGGCUGUUGCAAGAAGGCGGCAGACUGCCAAGAAUCAAGCGUGCCAUUUUCUUUGCCGGAUGGCCGCCACUGUCCAUGGCGGGGGGCAAAAUACACGUCUUGCUCGCUGACCAAAGCCACGACAUCAUUGACAUCCCCACGCUCCACAUUAUCGGUUGCAACGACCCGUAUAUUGCGGGGGCCGUGGCGUUGUACAACAUGUGCGAUCAGGAGACCGCCGAGAUGUUUGACCACGGAAAGGGCCAUACUGUGCCAAGAGAUUCCAUGACCAUCCGUGAGCUCUGUGAUGCCAUCGAGCGGCUGAUUGCCCGGCCGGAGAAGGCAGGUGAUCCUCGCAGUGAGCUGGAAGACCUCAAGAUACUCAAGCCUGUCCAUGACCCGGUAGCGGGAGCCAUCUCCGCUCUUACAGGUGCUUAGUAACCCUGGCAAGUUAAAACCGAGAAGAACUAGUAAGAAAUGAUUGGCUGGUGGAGGAGCUUGGACUUUUCUCUUUGUUACAAUGUAGGCUUUCAGUUCUUAUUGGAUGCAGUAGGAGUAGUUACUUAGUAUGUACGACCUUUUGAAGCCAGCGUGGACUCUGCGUAAUUUAAGGAGAAGAAACUAUUUUUUCUUUUUUCCGAUGUCACAAUAAUAAGAAAGUUUG